AUGCUGUGCCAGAGGCGCACGCAGGUGGUGCUGGCGCUGUGCCUGCUGCUGCUCCUGUGGCAAAGCUUCCGAGCCCCCCCAGAUGGCCCCGGGGGUCCCUUCCGCCUGGUCCUCCGUGCCCGCUGCCCCGGCACCAACAGCUCUGCCUGGUUCAGUGCCCGCUACGACCCGGCCGUGGAGCCUCUGCUGCUGGGCAGGGCCCCGGAGCUGCCCGCCGAGGUGGUUCAGUGGUGGCUGAGACUGCAGGGUCCCUCCAGGGGUGUCCAGCUCCAGCCUAUAAUUCAGCAGCUCUUCAGUGUGUUCCCGGCCCCGACCGGCAGCGCGUGGGACCCGUCGGGCUGCAGGACGUGCGCUGUGGUGGGGAACUCGGGGCAGCUGCAGGGCUCUGGCCACGGGCCGCGGAUCGACGCCCACGACUGGGUGCUGCGGAUGAACAGAGCGAAGGUCACUGGCUUUGAGCUGGAUGUUGGCAGGAGAACAACCCAUCACUUCAUGUACCCAGAGAGCGCAGUGAACCUCGCGCCUGGCACCCACCUGGUCCUUGUCCCCUUCAAGCCGCUGGGCCUGCAGUGGGUGGCCAGUGCCUUCUCCACCGGGGAGCUCACGCGCACGUACAUGAGGGUGAAACGGUUCGUCCGAGCUGACAGAGACAAGGUGCUGAUCCUGAGCCCGGCUUUCCUCAAGUACAUCCACGACAGCUGGACGCAGCGGCACGGCCGGUACCCGUCCACCGGCUUCACCGCCCUGCUCUUCGCCCUGCACACCUGCCAGCGGGUCUCCGUGUUUGGCUUUGGCGCGGACAGCGAAGGGAACUGGCACCACUACUGGGAGAAAAACCGCUGGCCCGGAGCCUUUCGCAGGACGAGGGUCCACGAUGCUGAGGUUGAGUUCAGCCUCAUCGAGAGACUGGCAGCCGAAGGCAGGAUUUUGUUCUACAAAUGA